AGGAGCAAUGCCGGUUCAAGUGCGUGUGUGUGCUGGCAAGGGUGUUUGCUCACUCCGUGACACAUGGCCUCCUUUGCUGACAGGGCACAAGAACUUGCGUCAGCAGAGUGGUAGAGCUAUGGCGUUGGUGCUGCUGAUUUUGUUUGGCGGCGCAGUGACAACAUGUCGGGCUGCGAAUCGGGAUUUCUAUGUGCGCGCCGAAGAGGUGAUUUGGGAUUAUGGCCCAACCGGCAAGGAUCUCAUGACUGGCGAAGUUUUUGAUGGCCAUGAAGAUGCGGACGUCUUCAUGGUUAACCGACCUGUUGAUCACCAGAUUGGGCGCAAGUAUUGGAAGUGCUUGUACUUCGCGUACCAGGACGGCACGUUCACGGUCAAGGAGCCUCGUCCAGAGUGGAUGGGCUUGCUGGGGCCCACGCUGCGCGCGGAGGUGGGGGACUCUCUCGUGGUGCUGUUCCAGAACAACUGCUCAAAGGCGUUGACCAUGCACCCGCACGGCGUGAAGUAUACAAAGUCUUCAGAGGGUUCGCCAUACUGGGAUGGCAGCGACAACCGAGGCGACCACGUCGAGCCAGGGGAGACCUACACAUACGUCUGGGUGGCGGACGAGAACGCGGGACCAGGCCCCGCCGAUGGGAGUUCGGUCUGUUGGCCGUACCACUCGCAUAACCCUUCGCGCGUUGACUCAAAUUCUGGCCUUGUCGGCGCCAUCGUGAUCUCUCGUCGCGGAGCUGCCCGGCUUGACGCAUCGCCCAUUGACGUCGACCAUGAGUUCGUGUUGUUCUUGUCCGUAGUGGACGAAAGCAUGAGCUAUUUGUUCGACAGGAACGUCAGGGAGUUUAUCGAAGUUCCUCUCGGAGCGCAGUUCACUGACGAGGAGAGGAAGGAGCUUUACGGGGACGAUGUUUUCCUCAAGGGCAACUUGAUGCAUGGAAUGAACGGCUUUCUCUUCGGCAACCUGCAGGGUGUCUCUGUCCCUGCAGGUGAGCGCGUGCGCUUCUACGUGUUGGCGCUUGGCACGGAGACCGGCCUGUACUUCAUGCACUGGAAGGGGCACACUGUCCUCCACCGCGGGCAGCGGGUCGCUGGCGUGCAGCUGUUUCCCGGCGCCUCGUCUGUCGCGGACAUGUGGCCAACAGAGGCGGGUGAAUGGGGCAUGUACUCUCACACGGACGACCACAUUGUGGGUGGCAUGGUCACCACGUACAAAGUCGAGGGUCCCAGCAUCAACAGAUCCAUGAACGGCAGGGUACGCCAGCACUUCGUCCAGGCAGAGGAGGUGAUCUGGGACUAUGGGCCUUCCAACAAGACAAUGUUCGGCACCGACCUGAAUACAGAUGAGCAUGCGGCGGUCUUUUUUGAGCACGGCAGCGGCAUCCAGCGCAUCGGCGGCAGGUACUACAAGUGCCUCUACAGGGCGUACACAGACGCGACGUUUUCCAGUAAAGCGCCCACCCAGGCUAAGUGGGAUCACCUCGGAUUCCUGGGGCCAGCUAUCCAUGCGGAAGUCGGUGACUCCCUGACAGUCGUGUUCAAGAACUUGUGCACCAAGGACGUUUCCAUUAACGUCCCAGCUGUACUCAAGCCGAAGGAGCACGAGGGCUGGCAUUAUGGAAACGGCAGCACGCCGGUUGGCAGCGGCGUUGUGCCUCCGGGGGGCACGCACACGUACGAGUGGAAGGUGGUUGACGGCCCUGGCCCGCUGGACGCUAGCAGCAUCGGGUUCCUCUAUGUUUCUCACCAGCCCAUGCACACCGACACCAACAGCGGCCUCGUAGGGCCACUCAUCAUCACCGCUUUCGGUGCCGCGAACGAUGACGGAGAGCCUCUGGACGUGGAGCAAGAGAUCGUGAUCUUGACCAGCGUCACCAACGAGGGCGAGUCUUACCUCUUGGACAAGAACAUUGAUCACUUCAUUGGCAGCAUGUCGGAGCAGGAGAAGGAACAGCUCCUGGCAGACGGCAACUUCGAGGAGUCCAACCUGAUGCAUGGUGUUAACGGCUUCCUCUAUGGGAACUUUCCCAGUCCGCAGCUGAUUGCGGGCAAGAAAACAAGGGUGUAUGGCAUGGCCGUGGGCGCGGAGGCUGACAUGCACUCGCUCCGCAUUGCUGGCCAUUCGCUACUCAUCCGCCAGGAGCGUCGAGCUGAGCUUAGUUUGAUGCCUGGCGACGUACUCGAGGCGGACAUCCUCCCGACCGCAGGAACUUGGGCCAUCUACUGCCACAACAACGACCACAUCGCUGCUGGCAUGAUCGAUCGCAUCGAGGUGACCGAGAGUUCGCUGGAUGACCCGCUGAGGGUAAUGGCAUCUUCCACGAUAACGCGCAGGUACUACUUGCAGGCCGAGGAAGUCGCCUGGGACUACGGAGCGACCGCGUACGACAACACCGGCCAGUACGCCUACGUGCACGGGAACUACACACAAGCGAGAGGGCCCACGCCCUUCGAGCACGGAGAUGGCUUCGCCUUCAUGGUCAACAGCCCUGAGGAGAACAGGAUCGGGCGGGAGUACAUCAAGUGCAUUUUCGUCGGCUACGACGCCACCUUCACAACGCGCGAGGACCGCAGCGAGGGCACGAAGGCGCAGCACCUCGGGGUCCUGGGGCCCAUGCUCCACGCGGAGGAGGGGGACACCCUGGAGGUCGAGCUCAGGAACAAGUGCACGAUCCCGGUGAGCCUGCAUGCGCAGAUCGUGCGCACCUCGAAGCAGGACGAGGGCUUCGACUACCAGAACGCGGACGGCAGCCCCAGCGGAUCCAGCGGCGGCGUGGUGCAGCCCAAUGGCUCGCACACGUACGCGUGGCAUGUGCUCGAAGGUCCAGGGCCGAGGGACGGCUCGAGCAUCGGAACGCUGUACUACUCGAUGGCCUCAGGGAUGGUCGCGGACACCUACAGCGGCCUGAAGGGCCCGCUCGUGAUUACCCGACGGGGCUUCGCGAACGCCGACGGCAGCCCGAGGGACGUUGCGAAGGAGUUUGCUCUGGUCUUCGAGGUCACGGAUGAGGGCUCGAGCCUUUUCCUCGAGAGGAAUUUCGAGAAGUUCGUGCAAGAGCGCCGAUCUGUGCGCCUCACCCAGGACGAGGUGGCGGAGCUCUUCGAAGACGCAGACUUCCAGGAGAGCAACCGGAUGCAUGGCAUCAACGGCAUGGUGUACGCCAACCUGCGGGGUUUGGAGGCAGAGGCGGAGACCCAGAUCCGUUGGUACCUGCUGGGCCUCGGCACGGAGGUGGACCUUCACAGCGUACAUUGGCAUGGGCACACGGUGCGCUUCGGUGGGCACACCGUCGACGUCAUCCAGGCCAUGCCGGCGACUGGCGUCACCGUGGACAUGUACGCCGACAACAUCGGCAAGUGGCUUCUGCACUGCCACGUGAAUAAUCAUUUUGAGGGUGGGCAGGUUGCAUCGUACGAGAUUGUCGCGAAUCCUGUUCGCGGCGAGGGACAGAUCUCUACCUGCCAGCAAAUGUUCGCUAGUGCCGCAGACGAAAAGAUGAGCGCAUUCGCAUACGACGAAAGCUGGUUCGAAGGUCACCCAUUUCAGAAGGAGAUCAGUCCAUUUUUCCGCGUCGCCUACACAGUAAAUUAUGCCGAGAUGUACUUCGACAUGGUCAUGGUUGCUCGCACUACAGGCUGGAUCGGCCUCGGGUUCUUCGGCUUCGAGGAGGAGAAGAGCCACGCCAUGAUUGACACCGACAUGAUCGUUGCAUGGGUGCAGAAUGGCUCAGUGGAGGUGGAAGACCGCUUUGCGCAAGGCCUGGAAACGCCUAAGCACGACACGACAGUCGGUGGCAAGGACCAGCUAUUCAACAAGGAGGGCCAGGAGGCUAACGGAGUCACAUACGUGAAGUUCCGCAGAUCGUUCAAGCCAGAACAUCUAGACGCGUACGACUUCAAGUUCCGCGCCGACAUGGAGCAGAUCAAGGUCGUCUACGCGUUCAGCAGCAUCGGCUCGGACAAUCUUGUCUACCACGGACCGACGCGCGGCUACUCGCAGAUCCCAUGGAACACGAAUUGCUCAUCCAACUUUUUCUUCAACCUCGGCACCUCGGAGUGCGAGGGAUGCGACCGAGGCCACUUUCGCCUUCCCUGGGACCCGACCUCCUCCCUCUCGAGAUGUUCGCGCUGCGAGCUGGGAACUCUGGCGGACGUGAGAGGCGAGGAUCGCACCAUGGUUGAAUGCGAGAAAUGCGGCUUCGCGCACGCGACGACGAUCUACCCAGGCGCCAUCUCGAUCUCGGAGUGCGUUUGCGAGGAAGGCUACUUCGUCCCGUGCAGGGGGGAGGAGUGCCGCACCGAUCGCAACACUCGGGUGGACAUGCACGACGAGUCCCGGGCCUUUUGCGAGCCUUGCCCGACAGGCAUGGCUUGCAAAGGUGGGGUCGAGGACAUGGAGGCCCUGCAUCUCAAACACGCGCAGCCCAGUGUUCCGUAUGGCUAUUACGCGUCGGUCGAGGAUCUCGAGGUCUUCAGGUGUUGGGAAUACCCUGGCCGGUGCCCUGGAGGCAGUGUGGGUAUUUGCGCGCCAGGCCGCACGGGCAUUCAGUGCGCCAAGUGCGAGCCAGGCUUGAGGCCUGCCCAGAAGAACACCUGCGUGCCCUGCAAGGGAGCCGACAUGGUACCUGCAGUACUGGCUGUCGUCGCGAUGCUUGUGGUAAUCACGGCGGUAUAUUACGUCAUCGAAAACCAGGACCGUUCCAAGCAGACGCACUCGAUGUUGCUCGUUACCAUCUCGGGGACUCAGGUCUUCACCCUCAUUCAGAUGCUUGGCGCUGUCAGCAUGGUGUCCGUGGAUUGGCCCGACCACCUGGCCCGGGUAUUGGGGAUGUUCCGGCUCUUCGUCUUGGACAUCGAGAUUCUGAACAUCGAUUGCGUAAUUGAUCUAAGCCCCUCCGCCAUGUUUGCGUCUAAGAUUCUCCUGCUCGUGCUCGUACUGCUGAUCAUCUCUGUCAUCCACGCGGGGUUCGUGAUGUUCAAGUACGGGGGCAGGUUCCGCGAGAGGCGCUCGUCUUUGGUUGGAGCCAUCGGUACUGUGUGCAUGAUGUUCUUCAUUUCCGCCGUGUCCAUCGUGAUCGCGCCCCUGCAUUGCAUCGACCACCCCAGUGGGCUUUGGACGGUGCGUGUGUACCAGACUGUUGUGUGCUGGGAGGGGGGCGAGCACGCCACGAUGAUAAUAUUGGCACUCUUCGGCAUACUUCUCCCCAUCGCCUUCCUGGCGCUGAACGUCUGGGCUGUAAGGGUGUACCCACAGAGAAUGAGGAACGGCGACAUCAGGUUCCUGAAGGUGGUCGGCUUCCUCAUCAUUCGCUUCAAGGCUGAAGCGUAUUGGUUCUCAGUGUUCUUCUUCGUGCGCAACAUGUUCAUUUCCGUCAUUCCUGUAGUUCCAGACGUCGUUAUGCAGACCAUGUUGACUCAGCUGAUACUGAUCACGUCGCUGUGCCUCACGAUGGUGCAGAGGCCCUGGCGCGUGUGGCAAGCGAACGUUCUCGACUGUGGUGUCGUCAUCGCAGUCUUGCUUCUCAUCAACUUGGCAGCCUUCUAUGCCGACAGUAGCGACCCACAUAUACUUGCCUGGUUGUGCAUCUGCACCAUUAUUGGUUUGAUGUUAACGUUUCCGUCCUUGGUCGCCUAUGGCCUCUACAUGAAGCUCAUGCCAGAGAAGAAGAAACGAUUCCGGUUCUUCGUCUGCCACCAGAAAGCUGUUGCGGGAUGUUUUUCGCGCCUACUAAAGUGCAUGCUCGAGGAUCACGGACACGGGCGGACCUUCAUCGAUUGUGAUGACCUUGUCGAUUUGGACGGGCUUUUCGACAUCGUCGGGCAGCAGACCGACACGCUCAUCAUUGUUUGCACCAAGGGGAUCCUGGUGCGCCCCUGGUGCGUUGGCGAGAUUUGCUCCGCACGCACCAACAAUCGCAGUGUGCUCAAGGUCAUCAUGCCCGGCUUCAAUUUCCCGGAUGACACAUGGAUCGCCCGAUACAACCAGCAGGUACCCGACGUCUCUGCUCUUACAGCCUUCGGAAUCACCCUCGAUUAUAUCCAGGAGACUUUCCGGUGGCUGCGCACCUGCCCAAGCGUGAUCAUGCCACCCAACAUCACGCACCAGACGCUGAAGGCCCUCACGGCGGGACUUGGGCAGAAAUCAGUGACGGACGAGAUGCAGAUGCCAGACGAGCACGAUGGGGUGCCCGACACCAGGGUCUUCAUUGCCGUGGAUCACACUAACGUCGAGGCAAUCUGCACUGGCCACAUCCUGAACAUGCUCAUGAAGCCGUUCUACGCCAGCGACCCCGACUCCAUGCCUCACGUCCUGCCGCGAGGCGCGGACUUCCCCCAACAUAGCUGCAUGUGCCUGCUCAUCUGCACAGUGUCCUGCCUCCAGCGCCUGGACAUGCUGAGGGUCAUCUGGUCCGUCUCCGCGGCGGGCGCCUCCUUUGUCCCAAUCUUGGCGGAUGAGAAGUUCCGCUUCCCUGCAGAGGGCACGUUCCUGAAUGAGAACCGAGCUGCAAUGGACCUCGCAGCGGCGAGCGCGGAGGACCUGCGGACCAUCAUCCUCGGCGUCUUCCGAGAGAUCUGCCCCCUCUUCCAGCCUAUGAUGGCCUCGGAGGCCAUUCUGAACACAAACGCCGCGGCAAUCAGGGAGCGCAUCAAUAAGUCGCUCCAAGCUCCAGCGCCGAAAGGAGCAGCUUUGAAGAAGGGACCAGAACCACGAAGGAAGUUCAGCACCAUCAGCUACGGCAGCACCGGCUCUCGUAGCCAGGUUCCGCCAGAAGCGGCAAGGAGCAAGUCCACUGAGAAGGAUCACGCCAUCGGCACGUUCUGA